AUGUCUGCACACGAAACGUCUGUGCCUUCUGAGUUGCAGUCUUCAGUGAGGAAACGAACGAAUUCCAUGGCUCCAGCCCAAGUCACAGGGAAGAAGAGAAUGGGAGCAGUGAAUAGCGGUACUACGAAACGAACGACUCGUCGAGAGCUCAAGAAGUUGACGGAGAUUGCUCUGGAAGAGAAGGACGAUGGCUGUUUAGGAGCACAAUGUGCAGCAGUAGGGAUCAAAGCAGAGAGCACGCCGUUUGGACUGGAUGCAGCGAGUGUGUCCAUCACGCCCACGAGUCUUCACGACGACUUUGUGAACAUGAUGAAGGCGCAGGGACUUGAGAAAAUGGCGACCGAAAUCGGAAUCUUGAGGAAUGGUGCUCUUGUCGACACGCCGCAUGCGGCAACGUCAACGCCUCGUAAAGCAAGAAGCGAACAGAAACAAGCGUCUGAAACGCCAACGUUCGCAAGUCCGUCUUUCACCAGCCCGUCACCGGGGAAGAAUCGACGAUAUUUGAAGAUUAACAAGGGUCUACGCCAUUUUAGCAUGAAGGUGUGCCAAAAGGUAGAAGAAAAGCAUGUGACAUCCUACAAUGAAGUUGCUGACGAGCUCGUGCGCGAGUUCGUGACGAUGCGAUCAAACGAUUCGGUUUACGAUGAAAAGAACAUCCGCCGACGCGUCUAUGAUGCAUUGAACGUUCUGAUGGCGAUGGAUAUAAUAUCGAAAGAGCGCAAGGAAAUCCGAUGGAAAGGGCUGCCGUCGAAUUUGCAACAUGAUACGGAAAUGCUAUUGGCUGAACGAAAUGAACGCAUGAAGAGCGUGGAGCAAAAGAAGCAGCACUUACAAGACCUUUUGGUGCAACAAGUUGCGAUGAAGAAUUUGCUAAAGCGAAACGCAGAGCGUAAACGAGCAGAUAGUGAGAAUCCGGCAUCCGCCAACAUCGUACGCGACGAAGGGCGAAUAUUCCUGCCAUUUAUCGCCGUGAAUACCAGCAAAGACACGGUGAUCCAGUGUGAGAUGUCGGAAGACCGUCACGACAUAUUUUUCAACUUCAGCGCACCGUUCGAAAUUCACGACGAUGCAGAUAUCUUGCAGAAGCUCAACUUACACAAAGCUCCUUAUGCCGAAUUGAGGCAGAUCGUGCCGGACAAGUUGCUAUCUUACCUCCCAGCCGAAUGUGAAAUGAAGAGCGAAGAAGAGUAA